UACAGUCGUGUGCCUGUACUGACUUUCAAAAAACGGCAAGAAGCCGUCUCCUUUACUUCGUGCCGUAGUGUUCGCGUCCUGAGCUCUGCCUGAAUGCUGCGAGGAUUCUGUAGCUGAGUGCCCUUGUGGCUCGUCUCUGACACUGACGUUGGGACAGCGUCAGCUAGCUAAUCGCCAUGUCGAAGUUUUCGCCAGCGCGCAAGAGUUCGCUGAAGAAGAAAAAGCACUGGUCCGGUCGAGUGCAUGAUAGUGUAAUAUCUCGCAGUAGUGGAGGUUUGUUCAACGUUGUGAUCGAUGGCGGCGGUGAUUACGGUCAAUUCCCGUGCAUUGGAGAGGUCAAGCAGGAUAAGAUCGCGUAUAUCAGCGGUAAGCUGCAUCCAGAGGAAAUUCUUCUCGAGGUAAACGGACAAGCAGUUUCUGGUAUGACUCGCCAAGACGUCUGUAAACUCAUCGGAGAAUCGCCUGAUCCAUUGGUGCUUAGGACAGUGAAAACAGGAUCAUCCAUCACCAAAGAGUUACGACCAUACCUUGGUGCCAGGUUCGACAAAGGCACUAUGGACCACGACCUUCAGCAGACGAUACGGGACAAUCUCUACACUCGAACAGUUCCAUGUACAACUCGAGAACCACGUCCUGGCGAAACACCGGGCGUUGAAUACAACUUCUUGACGGUUGAUCAAUUCAUGGUGCUGGAGAAAUCAGGCAAUCUGUUAGAAAGUGGCUUGUUCGACGGAAACUACUAUGGAACGCCGAAGCCUCCACAUGAGCCACCGAGUCAGGACCCGAGGCAACCUCCGGGCCAACAGGCCGAACAGCUAUCUGCAUAUCCAGGCGAGGAGCAUCUGAGUUUUGGACAAAGUGUGAACGGUUUGCCCGGUGAACAACGCUACUACAUGCCCCAGCGACGGCCAGGUGUGGCUCAGGUGAACAGGAACCUGGGUCCCUUGCCCAGGAACUGGGAAAUUGCGUACACUGAAGGUGGUGAUAAAUAUUACAUUGACCAUACAGCUGGAACAACACAGUGGCUGGACCCACGCGUUGCACGCAUGCAGAAACGUCUGCCACUUCAAUGCAAUGAUGAUGAGCUUCCACAUGGUUGGGAUCGUGCUGAUGAUGUCAAGUAUGGUGUGUACUACAUCGACUAUAUCAAUGGAAGGACGACAUUGGAGAAUCCCGUAGCCAGGGCCCACAGGAUUGGGUCUAAUGAUAUCUGGGCCGCAGAGCGCGGUGGAGCUGAUCAACAAGCACCGCCACCACCUCCCCCGCCACCUGGUAUUGACGGUGCUGAACAGCUAUCACCCAGUACACAGCAACCACAGCAGGCUGACUGGCAGAACUACCAGCCACAGCAGCAGGAGAAUCGGUCCGAUAUGCUAGAGCAGCUGCAUGCUGAAGGAGAGGAGCAGUCAGCACGGCUUAAUGGCAUGGCUAUUGACGCUCGCCUAAAAAAGCCAGCAAACGGGUUUGGAUUCACGGUGGUCGGUGGUCAAGUGCCUCGGGAUUUGAAGCAGAUCAAGAGCAUAGUCCCCAACAGCGUGGCUGCCCAGUGCGGUCGAUUGCAAAUUGGGGAUGUGCUGGUCCGUAUCAACGAUGUCAACGUCCUCCUCUUCACUCAUGACGAUGUUGUUCGUAUGUUUCAAGACAUUCCCAUUGGAGGCGACGUUGUGAUUGAAGUUCGCCGCGGAGUUCAACAGCCACCGGGUGAAUUUACACCGCAUCCCGGACAUGGCCAGCAGAAUUUUGACGCAGGACAUGAUGCUGGAGUGGCUCCUAUUCCACCGCGUGCUCCCACGAAUAUGGCCCGUUUCGAGCCAUCACGCAGUGGUUCUGAUCGUCUUGUCGCACACGUUGUGAAGGGCCCGUUUGGUUUUGGCUUCACGAUUGCGGACAGCACGAUUGGCCAGACGAUAAAGCAGAUUCUGGAUGCACCGCGGUGUGAACAGCUACGGGAGGAUGACUGGCUGAUUGAGAUCAAUGGCCAGUCUGUGGCCGGUGGAACGCACAACGAUGUCGUCACAAUCCUGAAAGGCUGCGAAAAGGGCAGCUCAGUGGAGUUCCUGGUGGAACGAGUUACUGGCGUUCCAGUUACUGGUGGGGAGUCCAACAUACCAGAUGGACAGCAGCAAAUCAGGAGAUACCAGCCAGGCAACGAGCCAGCUCAUUUCAAGCCUAGCCAACCACCAGUUUACCCAGGUCCGUCAGGACCUGUUGCAACGACUGGAGAAGCAUCGCAUGAUGCCGCAAUGAUGCGUGGCGGAAUGGAUCAGCGCCUAAAUGAUACGCAGGGUUAUCCACAAGCCGUGCCAGCAGCAGAGGGUGCUGUGACGUAUUUAGAGAUUGAGCUGCAUCGCCAAGUCAGCGGAUUUGGCUUCCGAAUCCUGGGCGGUCUGGAAGAAGGGUCACAGGUGAUGGUUGGGACAAUAGUUCCCGGUGGCGCAGCGGAUCUGGACGGCCGCUUGCAGGUUGGAGAUGAGAUUGUGGAGAUCAAUGGGCAGUCCGUUUUGAACGAAACACACCGCAAUGUUGUCUCGCUGAUGAGUACAGCCGGUCUCCACGGUCGUGUCUCUCUUGGUAUUCAGCGUAGGCCGGGAACACAGCAAGCUGGACCUGAUCAGAUGCAGCAGCAGAUGCAGCAACAACAACAAAUGCAGCAGCAGCAGCAGCAACAGCCACAAAACCAUCAAGUACAACAGCAGCAGCACCAACCACAGCAGCAGCAGCAGCCGCAACAAAUCGGACAACAUAUGCUGGACAGCCGGUCACAAUUUUCUGACAAAACGUCCCGCGAUGUCAUACUAGAACGUCGGCCAAAUGAAGGAUUUGGUUUCGUUCUUCAAUCCCAUGUCCACGAGGCAGGUUGCAGCAUAUGUCGCCUUGUUCCAGACAGUCCGGCGGAGCUCUGCAACAAGUUGAAGAUCGGCGAUCGCAUUGUCGGUGUGAACGGUCGCAAUGUCCUGGGCCUGACGCACAGCGGAGUUGUGGCCACUAUCAGAGAUGCCGGCCUAAGAGUAGUCCUGCAGAUUGGCUUAACACGAGGAGACCAGUCCUCAGCGCAUCACUCUCCGGAACCGACCAGCAGCCAGCCAGGGGUGCAAGGCCAGUGGCAAGGAAUGCAAAAUGCGUUGCCACGGCAACAGUCACCUGAUCCUGCCAACCAGUUCAGACAGCCUCCUCAUCAGCAGCCACAGCAGCAGCCACAGCAGCAGCCACAGCAGCAGAGAUAUCCUUUCGGUGCAUUGCCACAGCAGCAGCAGCAGCAGCAGUCGCAACAACAACAAACUACUUACAACGGCGAGCCAGCCGGGUAUGAUCCAGCUCAACAGCAGCAGAAUCAAUACCACCAGCAGCAGCAUCAAAAUCAAUACCAACAGAACCAACCAUCCCAGCAGCAGCAGUUCCCGCCGCAACCUAAUAUGAUGCAGGAACUACAGCAGAGAUUGCCUGGUCAAAAUCGUUUCCGGGGUCCAGAGAAUAAUGCUGCGGGCUCUCAACAGCCACAAGGCAGCUAUACACAACAGCAACAAGGUUACUAUAAUCAAGGAGGUGGUGGUGGUGGUGAUACGCAGCAGCAUCAGCAGCAUCAUCAGCAGCAUCAGCAGCAACACCCCGGGGGACAAAUCCAGCAGCCUAACGGCUAUGUAGGUGACCAUAGUGACCAAGGCAGUGGUGCACAGGGGCAUCAGCUGCGCCAUCAAGAAAGAAGAGUUCCGCCUCCAGUACUUCCCCGACCAGCUGUUGCCGUCAAGCCGCCAACACGUCAACCACCUCCACCACCAACAGCUGCAGCACCUCAGCAGCAGCAGCAGCAGCAACAACAACAGCAACAGCAGCAGCACCAGCCUGAUGAAAGAGCGUACAAUGGCCCAAGUAGUACUGCUGUUCCUGUUCCGACUGCUGCAGCUGUCGCAGGCACUGCAGCUGCUGGUGUUGGUGGUCGUAUUGAGCAAGGCUACAACGCGUCUGCACCAUCCAGCUACAAGGAUGAAUCCCAGCCACACUCUUAUUCAUCAGAUGUGCACAUUUCUGCCUCUACUGCUGCUGCUGGUAAUGCAGCAAAUGCACUUGGAGCCCCAUCUGGUUAUGGUCAGCAGCAGCAGUACCAACAACAGCAGCAAGAGAAUCAACAAUACCUGCAGCAGCAGCAGGAGCAGCCCCAGGAAGGAGAUCAUGCGGGUGCCUAUGAUGGUUACCAGGAAGAGCAAUAUGAUGAGCAGAUUCACCAAGACCAAGCUGCUUACAAUGCUCAAGAUCCUGCUGCUGCCGGUGCUGGUGAGCACAAUCACAUGGGAGGUAUACCUCAAGAUGCGUAUAAUGGAGUGGGCGAGCAAGACCAAGAAUAUGCCCAAGAAACUCUUAGUGACCAGCAGCAAGCACAAUACAUGCAGCAGCAGCAGCAGGAAGAAGAAGAAGAGGCGUUCAGGUACCAGCAAGAACAAGAGCAAUAUCUGCAGCAACAGCAGCAGCAACGUCAACAACAGGAAGAAGAGGAAGAGGCGUUGCGUCAGCAGGAGCAGCUGCAGCAGGAGCAACAGCAGCGGGAACAACAGCAGCGGGAGCAGCAGGCUGAAGAGGAAAGGCAACAGCAGCAGGCAGCUCAGGACCACGUUCAACACAGACAAGAAUCUUUCCAGCAAGCUGUUCAACAGCAGCAACUUGAUGCUCCCAGUGCAGCAAAUCAGGCUGUAUCUCCUAUUCACGAAAAGGGCCGUGCAAGUCCUCCCGCCGAGCCUCCACCACCGCCGCCGCAACCAAACGUCGUUGAGAUCAUCCUGAAGCGUAGCAAGCAGGGCUACGGGUUCAGUAUCCGCGGUGGCCAGGAGUAUCGCAACUCGCCGCUGUAUGUGCUGAGAGUCGCCGCUGGUGGUGCUGCAGCUAUGGAUGGAAGACUACAGGCUGGUGAUCGUAUACUUGAAAUCAACAAUGUCGAUACGACAAACAUGAGACAUGCGGAUGCUAUUGGUAUCAUCAAGCGCGGUGGAGAUUCCUUGCGUCUUCUCGUGGAGCAGCCUGUUCGCGGUUCUUCACGCCCUGUAUCAGCUCUAUUUGGACGACAGGAUACAUCAGUCAUCAGCCUUGAUGCAGCAAUUGCCUCGCCAAUGUCAGAUAAUGCACCUAGUUUGGAGCAAAUACCAGACCAACUGCCUCAAGCAGUACUCACACACCAACAACAAAGCUUUCCUCAACAGCAACAUCAGCAACAACAACACCAACAACAACAGCAGCAGCAGCAGCAGCAGCAACAACAACAACACCAACAACAGCAGCAGCAGCAGCAGCAUGGGCAUCCCAGUCAUGCACUAUCCAAGCAGCAAAUGCAGCAACGACGAGUCAUGUCAGCCCAGACGCAGAUGGCUGCCUCACUACCCUCCUCUUCUUCGCACGCACCCAGCUCAGCACAAACGAGACCAUUGUCUCGCCACUCACCAGCACCAUUCUCUUCUGCAGAACAGGCUGCCCAGUAUGAAUUGCGACAAGCCACCAUGCAGCUUGAACCUGUCCCCUCCUAUGAUGAAGCCACGGUUCAUGCCCAACACCAACACCAGCAGCCAAGCGCUGAGCCCCAGGACCUGAGAUACCACAAACAGCAAAACCAACCGGGGCACUCUUUGCCACACUCGGCUUCGGCUGAAUUUGCCCACCAGCCUGUGCAAGGACAGCACAUAACUUCACAGCGCCAUCCUCCAUUGCAGCAGCAGCAGCAGCAGCAGCAGCAUACCCAGCAUACCCAGCGCACGCAGACAUUACCCGCACGCACACAACCAUUUUUCGCGCACAACCGUCCAGCCAACACUGCCCAGCAAGUUGGAAUGGCCGCUAAGCUCCAGCAAGCACAGCACCACUUUUAGAAAGAGAACCUAUUGACUUGUUUGUCACCGUUUGAGUCUUCCACUGGAUAUUACAAUAUACAAAACAGCUUACUUGAAUGUUUCUCAUCAACCUAGAGAAGUGAUUUACUUCAAGGGGUUUUCCAUUACUUGCACUGGCGCGCUGAUGUUAAAUGCUAGAGAGCUGUCAAUAUUUUUUCUGCGACUUUAUCAACCGUGUCCUCAUAGAAAUUAUGUAGCAGAUAAAUUGUAAUAAUUUCCAAGUGAUCGGCGGCUUUGGGGGGAAAAAACGUACACAGCUUGUGCUGUCAGUCUUCCAUUCUCAGAGUUUACUUUUACUAAAGUUUUAGAGAGAGAGAGAGAGAGAGACGAGACAGAGAAACAGCUGUUGCUACCGCAGUAUACCUUUGUCCGCAGACUGAUUAGACGUUGCAUGCGUUAAACACAUGCAAGUCAUUGUACUAUUGAGCCUAUGAGAUCUUAGUCGUUCAUGAUCGUAUUUUCUGUUGCAUGUGUGCGUGCACCAAUGCAGGUGUUUUUGGUCUUUGUAUCUGCACGGUGUGCAAGCUUCUCCUGUUUUAGAUUGCGUAUGUGUGUGUGAUAACUGCUACUUUGCUCACUGGAGGAGCCAUUCUUUCAUUUGAUCUAGCUUUUGUUCCCUUUCCUGUCCUCAAAAAUGCAUGACGUUGUACGGUCUACUAUGCUUCACAACUCCACUCUGUGUUCUGUACUUGUACGAACAUACAUGAUUGUAUACUUGAUCGAAUCUGAA